AUGUCCGUUAGCGUGACCGUACACGAAAUUCGGCCACCGUCGCCGAUCGCCGAUGGGCUCCGAAAUCCGCUGGACGAUCUGGAGACGGUGCGAAAAGCGGCCAACGAAAAGCUGCGUAUCCGUCGGUUGGUGCAGGUUCGGCAACAAUCAAAAGAACUGGCCGCCAAAGUACGCCAGGGCUACCAGCAAGCGAAGGAGAAAGAGUUGGCCAAAAUUGAGAAAACGAAGCGCGAUGAGGUGCAAGUGUGGAAGAGGCAACAAAUCCGGCACCUGCAGACCGAAUAUGCGCGGUGCGUCAGUGAGGUCGGGGAAGCGCAUAAAGCGGCCGAAGCCGCGGAAGAGUGUUCAGUUUGGUUUGAGGAAAAGCGCGCCGCGCAGCAAGCGGUGGCCUUGCAGCGCGGACGGCACGCGGAAGAAACGGUUGCCCGCGAACGGGAUCGCAAAGAAGCGGCGAAUGAAGCGAAAAAGAAAAAGAAGUAUGUCCCAUCGAAAUCGAUUGCAGUUCAAACGACCAUCGCCAUACCAGAGCCAGAGCCCAUUCCUGGGCCCAGUAAAUCGCACGCCCAAGAAUUGGCCACCGGGCCCACCGGUACGCUUAGUCCGUUCGAACAGUUUCGUCUUACGAAGGGAAAAAGUAGCCUGGCCAAGGAACGUGCCGUUGCUUCGAUUUCUUCGGACUUUGAAGAUGACGAACUUUGCGGUAUCACAGGUAGGGCCGACAAGGAGAAUGUGCCGGCUGGUGGCAAGCGGUACAGUGCGACCGAUUUUACCUCACCCAGCGCCGAUGGCCAAUCGGUGCCACCGCAACGAUUGAAGCCGUUUACGCAAAUUUCCGACCUCAUUCAACAACGUCGACAACAGCGACAGGACGAUCGACAACCGACGACGUCGAAAGGACCGUACGGCAGUGGUGGAACGCAGAAAGCUGUUCAGUUUGACGAUCUCAGCGAGUACAAUACCCUCUCCUUUCCCACGAGCUCAGUCAUGACGAACGACGAUGCGUUGCGUCCGACUCCGAGGGUCCCCGAAACGGACGAUGAGCUGCCGCGAAAGGUUGCACCGCAGCCGAAAGCUUCAAACCACGAGAAGCCGAUCGUGAAACGUGGCAAAGCCGCACUACCGACGGAAGCACGUCGGACAAGCAGUUGCGGUCCGACAUCCGGUUCGUCGGUGUCGUACGGGGCGGACACGAAGGUGCAGUAUUACGAUCACAAUACCCGCUUCCGGAAGGAGUACGAUCAACCGAUUGCCUUCGUGCGGCGAGAAGAGCACCGAGAGGACGAACGGAACGCUAUGGAAGAAGCGAAUCGGUACGAAAAACUGCAGCAGGAAUUAGCAAACGCAAGAAGCAUUCCCACAGUGGAUCGCGGCAAGCCGGCUCUUGAGAAGCAGCAAAUACGAAAGGAUUACGAAAAACUGUCCCACGAACUCGACCACCUGACGAGGGAGCAGAAUAGGUUAAAAAGUCUAGCAGGGCCCAGUAAAAGUCAUCCGACUGAGGCGGUGAUCAAGCAGAAAGCAGCGGCGCGACAACGUAAAGCAAGCGAAGCGAUAGAAAAUUUACUUCGCCAUCGUUCGCUGGUGACAUGUCCGGUGGUUCGUCAACCGCAGGAUGACUCCGCGAGGGCGACCGCGCAUCCGGCCGCAAUAAACGUGGCCGAGGGCAGUCGCAAUGCCAACGUUUCCAGCGACAGCUGCGCCUCAAUUGUGUUGGGAACCUUCGAACGGCCAGCGAUACCUUUGCCGGUAGAUAAGGCACCAGGAGUUGAUGUUGGAGAUGCCACUGGGUUGGACAAAAUCACGCAAUUGAAAGCACUUUUGGAGCAAUUGAACGAACAACGGAAGCUGCUGACGGUGGAGAUCGACAAAGCGACCACUAAGGUGGCACUAGAUGCGGAACGUACCGCGGACAACAGUGGCCAUGGGACGGCAGCAGUAGUGGAGUUGGAAAAGUUGAAACGUCGCCAGGAGGAACUGACCGCACAGCAGCAACUGUUACAGCAGCGCGAGCGUGAAGUGGAGGCAUUGGGACGCGAGUUACGCGAGAAGAUGGCCAUGCUAGAUCGCAAAAAACGACCCGGUGAUGAGAAGGAAAAAGAGCGGACCAGUAAACGGGAUACACACCCUAAACUACCAACGGUACAUGUCGCUGCGAAGGGUCAGAAGGAUAAGAUCGAGGUGGAAGUUGAGCAACCGUCGACUGCCAGUACUGCCAGUAGCGGCAGCAGCAGCAGCUGUGAAGUGAGUGGUAUUUCCGGUUCCGAGAUUCCUGUAAAAAUCAUCAUCACCGUAAAUGAAAAACCAAGCACCAAAAAGUUGAAGCACAAAAAGAAGAACAAAAUGUUAAACAAAUCCCUGAAAAAGAUGAGCAUCGAAUCAUCGGAUCCUCCGCCUGCCAAACCGACGAUCGUGGAGCACCCGAAAGGGGCGGAACCGACCGUCAAACAGGUUACGGAAGGUGAUUUCUCGCUCGGCAGUACUUCGACAUCGUCGACGGUCUACCGUUCGUUGCCACCCAAAAUUGGUCAACUGAAGAUCAACCAUCUUCUCGAAAAGCUUCAGCCGGAACACGCGCAUUCAUCGCGUCCCGUAACGGGUAAACCAAAACAUCAGUUACGUAAAAGGGACACAAACCCUGCAGCGGUACCUCUGGCGACGGCACGACCGGGCACAAAUUUGAAUCCCCAUCUGAUGCGCUACAUUGUACGGUUGCUGGGAAUGUCUCAUCAAUCGAUCGAUCAACUCGGCGUUAGUUCGAGCACCGUUUCCACCCCGAACGCUUCGGUUGUGAACGUUAGCGCCAACAGGAGUGGUGGUACCGUGGUUGCACCAACGAGCGACGAUCUUGAGCGUUCGGCUCGGUUGCGAAAGUUUAUCGAUGAUAACUACAACUUUCUGCAGGAGAUUGACGACACACUUCGACGGCACUCUGAUCAGUCAGUUAGUAGCAGUAGUGGUGCGGGACGGAACGAUCGUAGCACGAUCGAGGGCGAUCGGAACGAUACCAUAAUAGAUCCGGAGGUAAGCCGGGUAGAGGACGUAUGGAUGAGCACACUGAAGCGUAGGGAACAUGCAAUGCGAAAAGGUAACGAUAGGAAGGAUGAGACCCGCGAUAAAACGGAUGCAAGUAAGCCAAAGACCAAAAGGAAAGUAUCCGAAAAGGCUACUACAGAGACACCAAUGACUGUUAUGAUUCCCGCUCCUAUACGUGCCGUGGCCGAACAACCGAUCGUAGCACCUCGAUCGUUUGGCGCACCGAUUCAACCACGAGCCCAGGAACCAAACCCAGUGAAAGCGACGUCUCUGAAAUCUAUCCUCAAAUCUCCCAAACGCGAUCCACCAGCCAGAUUAGCGAAGAUCAUCACCCCUCAGGGUCACGUUGAAGUGAUCAAUUUGAGCGAUCAUGAGGAGCAGGAAAUACUGGAGCGAUACUCGCAGCUAACCGAACGGGGCAGUCAGCGGAUCGCGGAACUGUCGCAGAUGAUCUCGCAAGUGCGGGAAGAGAAACGGCGACUGAUCGAGGACAGUUUGUCUUCGUUCGAGCAGCAAGAAUCGUCUACCAAAUACAUGGAUCUGCCGCCGUCGAUAGGGAGACCAUCGGGCACGGUUUCUUCCGGUGCUCCCAAUCAGCAACUGGCUGCUCCCGUUCCCGCGCCAGCGGUACCUGUUACACAACCGAUCCCAUCACCACCGAUGCCAUCAGCCGUUCAGCUUGAUGAUCCCGUCAGUGAGGAGAUCGAUAACAUAAUCUCCUCGAAACAGAUCGGGCUCAGCAAGGACAGUGGCAUUGCCAUGUCGCGUCCUCUAACGGCUUCCGAUAUCCGCGAAAGCCCGUCCGAAGAAGGGAGCCAAGCGAAAGAGCCGCCACCAUUCGAACCAUUCCUGAAAGACAUUCCCAAACCUCCACCGUCGCUGUUCUGGGAGGGUGCCACGGCCUUGAAAGUGCCACAUGGGGUCGCCCGUAGAGCACAACCAGCACCAGCGCCACCCGUUGCGAUCACUCGCUACAGUCCACACCUGGAGGAAGCUCCGAUGCACGAGCUGUCUACCAUUCCCGAGGUCGAAACACCGGCUGCGGCCACGACGAAAGCGAACGUAUCAUCGCUUUCGGCGUCCGGCCCAGACCGUCCGCCGGAUGGCCGAGCGGAACAGGUGUUGAUAGAAGCCCGCAACAAGCUGCUCACCGAGGCUGCCGCGGAGGCUGACCUUUCGGUUCCAAAUCUCGGCUACGAUCGGUUUCCAGUGUUUGAGGAGUACGUCCGCCAAACGGAGCAGGAGAAUGUACCGACCAACGACACGGCCGAUCUGCGAUUAAACGUAACCGGCGAACGGGCGCUCACCAAUCUGUUGCAGUAUCGUCGCUUUGCUGGUCCAGCUCCGGCUUUUGACAUCACAGAAGAUCACGCUGGUUCCACGUCGGAGGCUAACGGAAGUGACGGAACGCUGCCCGAUGUGGUGGCUGAAUUGCGGAAAUUGAACAUCGUCAUGAAACCGUUCGAUCAUUCACUCGACGACUCCAACCGAUCGACCCCGUUUUCGGAUCAGGCCAGUGGCCAGCAGGGGCCUUCGACGCAGAAAGUUCAUGUGAUUAAUCCAGCACCAGCCUCCGAGGGUAGCGAAGUUCCCGGAGAACUUAUGGAGCUGCUCUCUACUUCCCUCGGUCCUGAUCUGGAGCGUGUUUCCGGCCUACAGUGGCUGUCAUCCAUGCUACGCCGGCAUCAACAGCAGCAACACCCGCAUGGAACCGAUAACUCGAGCACCAGUUCUUCGAUGUCGUUGGUUGAAGCUGUCAAAGACCGUCGUCAAGGUUUGCAGCCACAGGAAACCGACGGCAGUUGCGGUAGGCCACUGAAUCUGUCGAAAUUCAUCCAACGCGAACUGCUGAUCCGAACGCUGCAGUCCUCACUUUCGUCCAGUCCCGUUUCGCACAGCACACUGCUACAUUCACUGCUAGACCUUAGCAACGUAACGAGUUCCGGCGGCCGAACACCAUCGCCGAAGGGAGAGCUUCUUUCGCAUACGCAAGCAUCGGACCGGAACGUGCAGCGUACGUCGACACCGGUGGCCAGCAAAUCGAUUACCAGUGGCACCAGUGGGCAUCCGAGAGGGGCACCUACUGGCGGAGACAGCGCUGGCCAGGAGGUGUUAAGCAAUGUGACUACCGGCGGUGCACUGUUUUCUAGCGAAUCUCGCAUCUCGUCAGUCCAUUGGAGCUCGUCAUCCGGCAGCUCGGAAGGGAAGCUAGCGAUACCCGACGUGAGGCUUGAGCGGAAAACACAGUGA